ACCUGCCCCCCACCCAUCGCCUGUAGGCGCACUGGAAGCCGACUGAGAGCCCUGAAACUCCAGUCGGGCCGGAGCCGGUGCUGUGAGCAUGUGCGAGCAAGCCCGGGGGACCGGAGCGGAUUCGGGAAACCGGACCUAGGUCGCUACCCUAAGCGCCGCUCCAGAGCUCGGUGACCGCAGGGCCAGUCGGCUCUCCCAGGAGCGGUGCCCCUGCGCCCAGGGCGCAGCGGCUGCGCCCUGCCCUCCGGGCGUGGGCUACCCGGCCGCGUGUGCCUCGCUGCUUGACGCGAGGACGAGCCAAUCAGGGCCAGCGGCCCGGGCUGCCGUGUGACGGGCGAGGCGGCUCCUUUCCCCAACGCGGCCAGAGGGAGGAGAGAACCGGGGCUCGCCGCGAGCCUUCGAGAGCAGCGGCCGCGGAGGAGGCUGCAGCGGCGGCGGCGGCACAGGCUCGGACCAGCAGCGCGCGCAUCCCCUGGCGCCCUGCGCGGUGGAGAGCUCGGCGGGCCGCGGGAGCCCAGGACGAGAGUGGACAAAGCAAGAUGGCAGGGAUCUUAGCCUGGUUCUGGAACGAGAGGUUUUGGCUCCCGCACAAUGUCACCUGGGCGGACCUGAAGAACACGGAGGAAGCCACCUUCCCGCAGGCUGAGGACCUCUAUCUCGCCUUCCCCUUGGCCUUCUGCAUGUUAAUGGUACGGCUCAUCUUCGAGAGAUUUGUAGCCAAACCAUGUGCCAUAGCCCUCAACAUUCAGGCCAAUGGACCACAGAUUGCCCAGCCAAAUGCCAUCCUGGAAAAGGUCUUCACUGCAAUUACAAAGCAUCCUGAUGAAAAGAGAUUGGAGGGCCUCUCCAAGCAGCUGGACUGGGAUGUUCGCAGCAUUCAACGCUGGUUCCGACAAAGACGCAACCAGGAGAAACCAAGCACGCUGAAGAGGUUCUGCGAGAGCAUGUGGAAAUUUUCAUAUGGCCUUUAUAUAUUUACCUAUGGAAUCCGGUUCCUGAAAAAGGUCUUGAAAGGAACCAUAUGUCAAACCUUUGAAAAUAGAACGCCCUGGCUGUGGAAUACAAAGCAUUGCUGGUACAACUACCCCUAUCAGCCACUCACACCUGACCUUCACUACUAUUAUAUCCUGGAGCUGUCGUUUUAUUGGUCUUUAAUGUUUUCCCAGUUCACUGAUAUCAAAAGAAAGGACUUUGGCGUUAUGCUCCUGCACCACCUUGUAGCUAUUCUCUUGAUUACCUUUUCAUAUGUCAACAACAUGGCCCGAGUAGGGACCCUGAUCCUCUGUCUCCACGAUUCAGCCGAUGCUCUUCUAGAGGCUGCCAAAAUGGCAAAUUACGCCAAGUUUCAGAAAAUUUGUGAUCUCCUGUUUGUUAUGUUUGCCAUGGUUUUUAUCACCACACGACUGGGUGUAUUUCCUCUCUGGGUGUUAAAUACCACAUUAUUUGAAAGUUGGGAGAUUGUUGGACCUUACCCUUCCUGGUGGGUUUUUAACCUACUGCUGUUGGUAAUACAAGGCUUGAACUGCUUCUGGUCUUACUUGAUCAUAAAAAUAGCUUGCAAAGCUAUUUCAAAAGGCAAGUCUGGGAAGUGGAACCCCUUACAUGUGUCCAAGGAUGAUCGAAGUGAUAUUGAGUCUAGCUCAGAUGAGGAGGACUCGGAACCUCCAGGAAAGAACCCCCAUACUGCGACCACCACCAAUGGGACCAGUGGUACCAACGGGUAUCUCCUCACUGGUGCUUGUGCCAUGGAUGAUUAAUUACUCAAAACCACAAGUCCCAAACAAAGUGAACUGUUUGUUCCUGGAAAUAUUUAAUAAAUUGCAAAUGCAGUUCCUUUCAUAAUCUCUCAGCACCAGAAACAAAAAUUAGGAUUAUCAAAGCAUUUUGAAUAGUGCACUGCCAUAUGUCCUGUCUGUGAAUGAAGAAGAAUUACCAUUCUAUAUAUGUAGGCAUGCUUUAUGUAAUUGACACAAGGGAACGGUAUUUGCAUUUGUACUGUCUUGGAAUAUUAUUUAUUUUCUUUUUGUAUUUGUUUGUAAAUCUGUGGACAAAAGAGCAUUUCCUCACUCUUUUUACUCUCUGGGUUCAUGACAGUGAGGGAGAUGCUCCGUUUGCUUCUACCCCUUUCUUGCUGUGACCUAGUCCACUAGGAGCAUCAGCUUAAUUGGUCACUUAGAGCGAGCAAAACCCAGUGCAAGAUUCUCGUGCAGCUCCAAAUAGGUUAGCUCUCUUUCUGUCACAAUGCCCGUUCUGAAAUGGCCUAUUCAGUCUCAAGUGACCUUUCUCCCAGUGUAAAGUUGAAACAGGGUGAGCUCAGUUUUGUAAUUAUCAUUUUUCAUGGUCAAUUGGUGGUGGUGAUGGUUUAGUCGUGAAGUCGUGCCCGACUCUUGCGACCCCAUGGACUGUAGCCUGCCAGACUCCUCUGUCCAUGGGAUUCUCCAGGCAAGAACACUGGAGUGGGUUGCAAUCAAACCCGGGUCUCCUGCACUGCAGGUAGAGUCUUUACCAACUAAGCUACGAGGGAAACCCUUCAUGGUCACUUAGCUGUUCCAAAUAGAGUGUGGUUAUUGGAGGACUUAAAAUUGUUUUGUAUGUAUUAAAUUACUUUGGAAUAGACUUCCUCUCUUGCACACACACAGCCAAAGUUUCUUCAGUGAGAAUGGUAGCUAGUUGAGGGUUAACUUUUUAAGUUACAGAGACUUUUUUUUUCUUUAUUCUCCAUUAUGGGGUCAGUGCUCCAGCUCUGAAGGAAGACUUAAGUUCAUGGUUACAAACAAAGAAAUCAGUCUUCCAACUGGGAAUUUGUCCCAUGAUCUAAGAAUAAUACAAAGAGCAGCAGAUUUCAACCAGGUUUUACCACUACCCCUUUAAUUAGUGCAGUCUUCCGCUAUGGCAUGAAAAAAAGAAGCUAAGUAUAUUUGGGGACAGAAAAAGGGGACUUCCAAGCGUUGCCAAAAGUCACCUCUAGUGCAAAGCACAUUACUGCAACCAGCUUUCAAGAAAGCACCCUCUCUAGUAUUUGAUCUUGUUUUGUUUUUUCUGGGCAAAAUAAAGCCAGUGAGAAUAAGACCAUUUUACCCUUUGUCUUUUCUCCUUAAACAUAACCCUAACAUAACAAAAUUUCCUGUUACUAGAAACUGGGCAGUGUUAGACUGUAGGUCCUUUUGUCUGCUUCUUUGAAGGACUUGUUCAUUUUCCAGGAAUUUUUGUUCAAAUGGAGCUAUUUCCAGAAAAAAAGCAACAAAAAUUCUACUCAGUAAAUGAGAAAGACAACUGAAAAAAUAAGUUUCUGUAGUCUCCUACAGGGCAGUGUUAUUUAUGUAUAGAUAAGAAAACCAUACACAUAAACCAAAGAUUUUAUCUCUUUUCUUCCAGCUUUUAGUAAAAGGGAAUAAAAAGUUAUUAUACUUAUUUCAUAAAUCAGGAAGACUAUCUCCUGAAACAUAGAGUCCAAAACCACAAAGUGAUAUCAAUGUGCAGGUCAGGACUAGUGAAAGGGACAGCAAAGUACUAAAAAGCGCAUGUCCUGCCCAAAGCCACUCACAUUCAGGUCAAUUUUUUUUUUUAAUUGAAGUAAAACUUUGUGCCCACAAUGUGCGCCAUGAUUGUUAAUAGUUAAAAGAAUGCUCCCAAACAAAACCUCACCCUGUAAUGUUAAAUCUCUUCCCACCUAUUUAUAAAAUAAUGUGUUUUUGGUAUGGUCCAUAGUAAUGAUUGAAGGGCCUUAGAAAUAUGUCUGCUUUUUUUGUUGAUGAAAUGGUAUGAUUAACUCUUCUUGGAAAACCUUAUUAUUUUAUUUCACAGAACAGGGGUAUGUCUAGGAGAGUAAUUUAUGGAUGGUCAAGUUGUAAGACCAAUCAUUAAAUAUGAAAAGUGCUUGUCAAGUCAUCUGAACAUCUGCUAAAAUGCAGAUAUAUAAAAAGUAAACCAGCAAGCAUGUUAUAGCUGAAAAUUUUUGAUAAGGUGAAAAUGUCUUCUCAACUAAAAUAUGGAAAAUAUAAAAAAUAGAAAGCCUCGUGCCUUGCUUUAGUAUCUAGAGCAAGUCCUCUAUUGGGUGAAAUAAACCAGAAAGCCACAGUGUGCUUCUAUUUGGGUCAUAUGACACUCUUUAGCGUAGAAGAAUAACUUCAAAAGAUCUGCUUGUAAAUUAAAGGUUUAGAAGACUUGCAUGACAUGAAGAAAAUUGCCUGUCCUUAGCAAAGACAUCUGAACAUCUGACUUUUGUUCUUCCCAAAAGUCACUUAGAAGGAGAAUUGGGAAUUCUCAGAGCCUCCCUGACCACUGACAGUAACAAAGCAGUCUUCUAUGUAUCAAUACAUUUGUGUUUCAUUUUACAUUUUAAGGCAAAGAGUCCUUUUUGAUUCAUCAAAAUGGUGUUUAUAGGUCUUUUGAGAUAAAGAAUAAUGUAUCUCUUUUCUACUGCUCUCCCAUGGUGGCCUGAUAAGCCUGAGAGAGAAACUAUGUGAGAUCUCAUAUCUUCUAACUGUGCCAGGCCAUAGCUUUGGAAGUGUGUAUUGCAAUGUCAGCUAUAGGUUAGUAGGAAUGUUGUUUCCCAUUAAUUGACUUAGCCUGUCCUGGUCAUAUUCAAAUCUUCCCAAGGUACAAAGGGGUAAAUAGGAAGGAAUCUAGAAAAAGUAAUAUUUUCUCCAAUUCUAUAGCUUUUCUAGACCAAUUAGAGGGAGAGAAAUGUAGAAAUUCGAGUAGAAUUUGGCCUUGGGUCAAUAAAUGAUAUAAAAAUGUGUGAUCUGUGUAUGUACAUGUAGGUUUCUCAGAAAAAUGUGAUAAAACCAAAAUAUCACUGACUUAUCCUUAUCCAUAUUCUUUUCAUGAAAACCAUCCGCCAUGUGCAAUAGAAGCUUUCCACCUCCCUUUUUACUGCCUGUUCACGCCACCUCCACAGCUGAGAGGGGAAGACUCCUUUCAGCCUCUUUGCCUCAGAGUUCAGAUCAUGAAGGCCCUAAGGUCAGCAUCUAAGUAGUCCCCAUUUCCAACUUAAGUGUUACAAAUGUUGAGAGUAGGGGAGCAGCUAUCCGUAUUUUGGAUUAUUAAACUAAGUGUUGAGGAAAAUGCACAAGAUUUCUGCUUCACCCCAGGAUUUUAUUAACAUUCAGAUCCUGCUCAGCUGCUGGACAGAGGCUCUCCAGAGUAGAGGCUCUCCAAAGUAAACAAGCAACUGGGUGAGAGAAAUAACUCUUUAGUGGGAUAAAAUUUGGUCACCUGCAGCCAAAAUGACAGGUAAACCUGAAAAUGUCCUGUUCUGUUGCCAAACUUUUCAUUCUGAGUAUUUGAGAGUUUGAAUUUGAGCAAACUGCACACUUGCAACUUGGGUAGAAAGGGUCUGAAUUUUCCACUCUGUAUAUUUCAACCUCAUUGUUAUUUGGGCUGAAGUAAGACAUCAUGUUUCAUUUCAGCACACCUGAGUCUUUAAAAAAGAGCUCUUCCAAGAGAACUUUAGGGACACCCAUGAUUGUUCCCAAGGUGUUCAUGAUUUUUGCAUUGGUAGUUAUUUUUGUCCCCUAUGUGGAGAUGUUAAUGCCAAAGUUGCCUGAAUAUUUGAGUAUUUUUUCUUAAUUUGAAAUAUGAAAAUUAUACAGAAUAGUUACAAAGGUUUUAAAUAAUUCUCUUUAUUAGUAUGUCCUAUGAUGUCAUUGUGUCCAAAGAGGUUUCAAGAAAUUCUUUAGAAGUAAGAGAUUAAAUGUUUACAUUUCACAUGCUAUUUGAGGUCUUAAGAUUAUAAUUAGCUUACUUUUUCCCCCUCUUUGUCUUUGGCUGAUUCCUGCUUUGUAGAUAAAUAUUAGUAGCCCUGAAAUGUUUCUAGUGUUCAAAUAAGAAAAAAUCAAAUCAGAUCAAAGUCUGCGCCAGUGUCCUGUCCAUGAAAGGAGUACUGUCAAUCACAAACAGUUCAUGCAAAAUGCAAGAUAUUUUUUUAAGUGACAUUAUUGUUGUCCCCAUAGUAGGUUUAAAUUUCUCUCGGUAAAAUGAAAUUGUACCAUUUUCAAAUUACCAGAUAGUAAUUAACACUGUUCACUGUGGCCACAGUUUAAUUCUUCAUUUUUAAUAGGCUGGAAACAGGCCCUGUGGUUUGUAUUUGCAUACAUGGUCCCCUCCCGUCCCCUAGGGGGCGUUCAGUAGAUGCUAAGGAGGUAGUGGACAAGUCGAUGUCCACUUGUCCACUCUGUGCUGUCGAAAUGCCUAACAUAUGCUCACUGGAAGCAUACCUGAUGCUGUUUUUUAUGGAGAAAAUUGUAUUAAAGAACAUAAAACAUUAAAAGUAGCUAUUAAUAAGAUCUGUAAUCACCUAAAAGAGUACCUUAGUCUUUCCAAUGUGAGUUCAACCUGAAGCCUUUGAAUGGAACACAUUACCAAGUGUCCAUAAGCUAAGAUCCCCAUCCAAUCAAAGACAUACAAGUCUCUGCAAGUAGAUGACACAUGAUAUAAUGUCUCCACAAGACUAGACAUUCUCAGGAGUGCCCAGGAAGGAAUGGGAAGGCACUGUUAGCCUAAGAUCUAGCUUGUUUAUCUUCUACUCACUUUCUUUUAAAUCUGGAACUUGUAAUAAAAUGAAUCUAAAAUAUUGUCACUUAUCUGCUAUCAAUUUCCCAAUAACCAUUGGAUCAGUUGUGUAUCACACUUCCUUCUCUGAUUCCAUUUAAAAAAAAAACAUAUUGUGCCCAUAUGAGCCUGUUUUCCUCAACACAAGUCAAUGAGAGCUUGGCUUCUUAUUUUGGUAUGUGUUGCAUGGCCUGGAAACCAGGGAACAACAGCUGUUGGUGUGAUUUCUAUUUUAAGUGAAAAUUAGGUUUUAUAGAGACAAUUUUUUUUUUCUUUUGGAUCUACAACAGUUUUUUUAAACUGUGAUUGUAAAUCUGCCCUUAAAAAAAUAGAGGUUUUUAAAGAUUAGUUGCCAAAUAGAAAUUCAGUCUGUGAUAGGAACAGUUAUAUGGUGAUUCUGGAACUUUUAACUUAGAGCUUCAUUAAUUUAAAUAUGGAAAAUAGCCUCCAAGUUUGAUUUCCCAAAGCUUCUAAGCUCAUGAUUUUCAUCUCCUUUUUGCCCACAUGAUCAGUUACCUCCAUAGCCAUCUGGUAUCAUGCAAAAGGGAGGUGGUUAGUUUGGGGAUUUGAUUUUUUUCAACUUGCAGUGAGAAAUAGGAUAGGUGACAAAACCUUACUUGUUAAGACAGUUCAGUGCUUGAGCAUCUCUGUCAGAAAUGGAAUGAUGUACUGUUAGCCCAUUACAAUUAUUUUAUGUAUUGUUACUGUAUUUUGCUGAUUUUUAUAUGAAAAUAUAAUUAUUCAUUCUUGAUCUCUGGAAGCAGUCAUUAUUAUGAGGAUCAUUUUACUUUGAAAACACUUUCAUAAUAAAGAUAAGUCUUAAGA